CUCUAUAAUUUGGGAAGCCAAUAUAUAUAGACAUACAACGAAGCUCAGGUUUCACUUUGGCCGUUCUCAGUCUCUAAUCGAAUCGAGGGUUUCUGCUCCACCAAAUCGGCGUCCAAAAUGACAAAGAGAACAAAGAAGGCGGGUAUUGUUGGGAAAUAUGGCACCCGAUAUGGUGCUAGUUUGAGGAAGCAGAUAAAGAAGAUGGAGGUGAGUCAGCACAGCAAGUAUUUCUGUGAGUUCUGUGGGAAGUUUGCAGUGAAGAGGAAGGCCGUUGGCAUUUGGGGUUGCAAAGACUGUGGCAAAGUUAAAGCUGGCGGCGCUUACACGCUCAAUACUGCCAGUGCUGUGACAGUUAGGAGCACCAUCAGAAGGCUCAGGGAGCAGACUGAGAGCUGAGACUGCUCUAUUUUUUUCAAGAUUCAUUUUUGUUUCAAGAAGUUUAAUACUUAGUGGACCAUCUGUAAAAACUUAAUUUAGCUGGAAGUUCAGUAUAUGGUUAAUGUUUUCUGGUUAAUGUUUACUUUAAGAUCGUUUAAACAAUUUGAUUUUUAUUUUUCUUA